UUAGUCAAAUAUUUGUUCAAGGAAACCGUGUAGCUAGGGCAAAUGUCUCCAUCUUUGUAGAGGCGUGAGGGAUAAGCCAGUUCAAACCAGUCAUAAACUAAACUUCGCUAACUCUGUCUUUACCAGUAAUUGCGAUAGCGAACGCUAUGUGGUGACGAGUCAAUGAUACUCCACAUUGGUUGACCAAAGUGGCAUCACAUAAAAACGAAAGAAGUGUUGUUAGUUUGGCAAACCCUAAACAGCAUUAUUAAUAGUAUAGGGAGAGCGGGUGGGAAUCUUUAGCUCUAACUGGUUGUUUACAGAGGCAAACUUGAAAUGGAUAAUGUACAUGUAUUUAUAGGCCUGUCGUAAUAAGUGAGGUAUCAUAAAGCAGGUAGGCGAGGCAAGUAUCCUAUCCUGUAUUGGUCAAUAUCGUUUCAAGUAAAGUUCACUUAUAUGUGAUCCUUAGAACAUUAGCAAUUAACAUGAGCUAAAUGUUCAUUUAGCUCCAUUUCAAAAGUUUGGAGAAUAAGCAUUCUAGUACCCAGAUUUUUUCUAAUAUAUAGACAACAACAACAAAAACAUUGCACAGUACACACAAGGCAUCAUGCCUGACCUUCAAUGCAGCGUCUUUGAAUUUGAUACAUUAAACAUUCUAUUGUUACAACACAACUGAUAAACAUUGUUUUGAGUUUGAUUUCUUUGUUGUCAAUAGAUAAUGCGAACAAUAUGAAACUGUUUUUUCACUAAACAAGUUUUAUUAUAAAACAAAGAAAAGUUACACGAAAAGGGAGUGUUAAGCGUUUUUUUCGUGUAUAUUCGUUUCUUUACUAAAACUAUCUAAUAUUAUUGCCAUUGUUUUUAGAUACUGGUUGCAUAAUCUAAAAUAUAAGACAUAGUUUUAUUUUAUUGUAAAAAGAGAUAAAAGCAGGUUUGUUGGUAAAAUUAUAAAAGAUAAAUUAAAGGGGAAUUAGUUCUUCACCUAAGAAACUUAAUUCAGUAAAAAUGGCUGGUGAAUUUCGUAAACUUCCAAUAAAAAGGUUUCCAAAACCAGAAAGUCGAAAAGACACUCAAGAACAGAAGUUCUGGAAAGCCUUUCUGUUUCCAACUACGAUCAAAGAAUAUUCAGCCAUUAAUUACAUAGAUUUUUCUCCAGUAGCACCGUAUGAUUGUCUUGUUACAUGUUCAGGAAAGAUGCAAAUAUUUGCUCCUUACACUAACAAUGUUAAAAGAACUUCAAACCGCAACAAAGAAAAUGUAUAUGGUGGAAGGUUUCGGUUAGAUGGAAAGUUAAUGGUGGCUGGUGGUGAUAGUGGACUUGUACAGGUUUUAGAUGUAAACAGCAGAUCAAUACUUAGAAACCUCAAGGGACACACCAAGGCUACACAUGUUUGUAGUUUUGGUCAAGAAUUCACAAAAAUUUAUUCUGCUUCCGAUGAUAAAACUUUGAGGUGUUGGGAUUUACCGACAGAGAAAGAAACCUUGAUGAUAAAGGCUCAUAAGGAUUACAUACGCUGUGGUUGCAUCAAUAUAACCAACACUGAUCAAUUUAUCACAGGCUCCUAUGAUCACACUGUAAAGAUAUGGGAUUGCAGAUCUUCUUCUGUUGCCAUGGAAAUAAAUCACGGUGCACCAGUAGAAUGUGUUCUUAUGCACCGUAAUGGUGGCAUGUGUCUGUCAGCAGGAAGUAAUUAUAUCAAAGUAUGGGAUGUGCUUGGUGGUGGCCGUCUGUACCAUCAUUUUUCGAAUCAUCAGAAAACUAUCACUACAAUAUGUUUUGAUGGUGAAAAUAAAAGACUUUUGUCAGCCGGCUUAGAUAGACAUGUAAAAGUGUACGACGUAAAAGAUUUCUCAAAUGUCGCCACUUUGGAUUACCCAUCUCCUAUCCUUGCGAUUGGUUUAUCAGCCGACAGUAAUCACUUGGUAGCAGGUAUGACUGAUGGAGCUAUCUCUAUACGAAACCGUCCGAAGCCGACGACCGAAUCUGAAACACGAAAACGGGUUAGAGAACCAAUGCCAGGCACAUACCAAUACCGAAUGAGGAACCAGACAACUGCGCCCGGAAAGAACGAUGUUAUCGUAAAACUAGAUCAGUCGCAAAAGCAUUCGAAAGCUGAUCGCUGUUUGCGAAAAUUUCAGUAUCGCGAUGCGCUCGACGCAGUACUUGGAAGUAACGGUGCAAAUGCUACCUAUGUGAUAAGUCUUAUAACUGAAUUAUCGAGACGAGACGCGCUGGAAAUCGCUUUGUCAAAUCGAGACGCAGAUUCACUGAAAGAGAUCAUGCAUUUUUUAUUCCAGAAUAUUUCGAAUCCAAUGUAUGGGAAGAUAUUAAUACCGGUAGCCGAUCUUAUUCUAGAUAUGUAUUCUGGUUUGAUUGGUCAAAAUGCAAAAUUCGAUUUCAUGUUAGAAAAACUUCGAAAUCGUAUCUCAGUGGAUUUACGUACACAAGAAGAGAUGAUGAAACUGCUUGGUGCGAUGGAACAAAUAUUUUCUAUGUCUACACCUGCUCCGACUAUGUUAGAUGACUCUGAUGAGGAGAGUGAAGGAGGAGGGACUGUUGAUAAUGAAGUUGACUUCGUAGUGAGCGACAGUGCAGGCUCACAAACCGAACAAAUUCUCAUCAACUAACGCAACUUCGCUUUGAAAACGUGAUUAGUUUGACAAGAUGCAGUUAAUCGUCUCAUCAGUGUUGACUUUGUGGUAUAAAAGGUCUAGUAACUAGUUUGAGGGACAGAAAAAAAAGAUCUACUGCGAGCUGACAGAAAAAUAUCAUGAAACGCAGAGAUAGAUAUUAAAAGAAAAAAAAACAAGGAGUGUUUCUAUUAUGUAUUUUUUACAUGAAUUAGACACUUUAAAAAAACAAUACAUAUAUACAGUAUUUUCUUUUUACAGUUUGUUAACAAAUUUGCUUCGUAAAUACAUGUGUGUAAUUUU